UGACCUUAGGAACCUGUCCCUCUCUGGCCACGUGGGCUUCGACAGCCUCCCUGAUCAGCUGGUCAACAAGUCAACAUCGCAGGGCUUCUGCUUCAACAUCCUCUGCGUGGGUGAAACUGGCAUCGGCAAGUCAACGUUGAUGGACACUCUGUUCAAUACGAAGUUUGAAAGUGAACCUGCGACGCACAACGAGCCUGGCGUGAGAUUGAAAGCCAGGAGUUACGAGCUCCAGGAGAGUAAUGUCCGUCUGAAGCUGACUAUUGUCGACACGGUUGGAUUUGGCGAUCAAAUUAACAAAGAUGACAGCUACAAGCCUAUAGUAGAAUAUAUCGAUGCGCAGUUUGAAGCCUACUUGCAAGAAGAGCUGAAGAUCAAACGCUCCCUGUUCAAUUACCACGACACCAGAAUUCACGCCUGCCUAUAUUUCAUUGCACCAACCGGACACUCGCUGAAGUCCCUAGACUUGGUCACCAUGAAGAAGCUCGACAGCAAGGUGAACAUCAUCCCCAUCAUUGCCAAGGCUGACACUAUUGCAAAAAACGAGUUGCACAAGUUUAAGAGCAAAAUCAUGAGCGAGCUGGUCAGCAACGGCGUCCAGAUCUACCAGUUCCCGACGGAUGAAGAGACAGUGGCGGAGAUAAACGCCACGAUGAGUGUCCACCUUCCUUUUGCUGUAGUUGGCAGCACCGAAGAAGUGAAGAUCGGCAAUAAGAUGGCAAAAGCCAGGCAGUACCCCUGGGGUGUUGUGCAGGUUGAAAAUGAAAAUCACUGUGACUUUGUGAAGCUGCGGGAGAUGCUGAUCCGAGUGAACAUGGAGGACUUGAGAGAGCAGACGCACACCCGACACUACGAGCUGUACAGGCGCUGCAAACUUGAAGAGAUGGGAUUCAAGGACACGGAUCCGGACAGCAAGCCUUUCAGUCUCCAAGAGACUUAUGAAGCAAAGAGGAACGAAUUCCUGGGCGAACUCCAGAAGAAGGAGGACGAAAUGAGGCAGAUGUUUGUCAUGCGAGUGAAGGAGAAGGAAGCAGAGUUGAAGGAAGCAGAGAAAGAUCUUCACGAAAAGUUUGACCAUCUAAAGAGGACUCACCAAGAAGAGAAGAAAAAAGUGGAAGACAAAAAGAAGGAACUUGAGGAAGAGCUGAACAACUUUCAAAAGAAGAAGGCAGCAGCUCAGCUAUUACAGUCACAGGCUCAGCAGGCAGGUUCUCAACAAACCAAGAAAGACAAGGACAAGAAAAACUUCUUCUUUAUGUAACCGUCAUCUUGCCAAAAGCCCCCACACCCUCUCUCCCAGUGGACAGUAGGGCACUGGAAGAGCCUGCAGCUACGGGCACCCCCGCCAGGAGAAGAGCCAUCUCAUUCUUCCAUCACGUCCGCCCUUCUCUCCUUCCCUUUUUGUUUUCCACCUGUCCGUCUGAGGGUGCGCUGUGCUGUGUGUCUCUAUGCGGGAUCUGUCUGCUCCCAGCGCGUCUCCGACAGAAUUGAGGCGACCAAAAGCGACAGAGGUAACGGCUGGAGGAGAGAGCUUGGCCAUAAUGUGAGAUAUUGCACUGGGUUAGUUGUUGUUUUUCCUCCCUCCCCAUUUUCUUGCCUUUUGCCGUAAUAUGCACGCGUUGCUGAUGAGAAAUACAAUGACAGACUGUGGAUGAGGGUGCGUAGCUGGAGGACUUCAUUUCUGCCUCUAAAGAUCGAGGCUGGCUGCUUUGGACACCACCGCUUCAUCACAAGUACGUCCUGUGCUCCUCUGACACGUGCUGAAAAUAAGUCCUUAGAUCUAGAUGACUUUUGGUCUUCAGUAUGCAGUUGCCCGAGGCGGAGGUGGCUGGUGUUGCAUGUUGUUGCACUGAUGGAGCCUGUUCUGGACGGUCAAGGCCUUACUAUUUUCUGGCUGAUCUGCCUCUGUACGAGCAAAGUGGGUAUCUCUUGUACAAGCGAGCUGCACUGACUUGUACUUUAGAUUAAGGGCUUCACUUUAUUUUCAAGAAGCCCGAUUAGUGAUUAUUUUCUUAACAAUGUUGAAUGCGGGGUAGUUGUUUAUCUUUAACUUGUUUACUUUGGAAAUUCAGUCAAAAAGCUUGAAAAGUGCCAAAGUAUUGUUUGAAGGUAAAAACCAAAGCUUGUAAACUUGGUGUGUAGUGACCUCUAGCUGCUUUGGGGUGGAUGGAAGGAGACAGCCUCAUCCUCUUGGGAUGUUUUUCAUGUCGGGUGAUGCACUUUUUUCUUUUUUAAACCGAAUACUAGUGAUUUAUUCUUCUCAUCUGUGAACUUUAAUCAAGGAAUUCGUCUCCUUUAACCUGCGAUGGAAAAGGUACUAUUAAAUUGUCUAGGUUUUGCCUCUUCCAAUCUGCGUGUGAAGCGCAAGCUGCCAAGGGUCUCUGCUGAAAUCUGCUGGGGGUUUUUCAGAAGCACAAGAUUUCUCAGCACUUUUCAGUGACAGGGUUAGAUCACUAGAAGCUCCCUCCAGCCAGGUGGCUGUUUUUCUAAAGCGGCAGAAAAACUGUUUAUCCUGGAAACAUUUGCAGCCAACUAAGUGACUUUAAUAAUCUUUCCGAUUGUAUCUAUAAAUAUGGCCUUGUGCAUAUGCUGUAACGAUUUACCUGGUACGUAAAUGGAGUUUCUGACCGUUGCCCAAACUGAAGGGAUGUGAGUAUUUGCACAAAUGUAGCUUAGGACAGAAUUUGCAUUAAUACCAAAAAAUGGAGCCUGCUCUCUAGGCUCCAGUGGGCUCAGGAGAUACCUGCUGAGGGUCUGCUCGCCAGCCACCAGUGCUUACCAUGAGAUAGCCAGAUCUAGAAAACUCUUCACAUGCAGCCUUCUGAGGACAAAACAGAGUAGCUAAUGCCUCAUGGGUUGAGGCCUUGAGGGUAUUGCUGGAUUAAACCCUGCCUGUGUUAAUUCUUCUCUUAUUCUGCAAAAACGCUGUGGAUGCUUUGCUAACUGGGAAGAGGUUGCACCACUUGCAGGAGGGAAUCCUUUUUGUUCCGAUAGGGCUUAGGCAGCGGUGCUCGAUGUGCACCGGGCCACCCAUACCUAGCAAAAGGCGAUGGGUUGAGCCACGUAUUUCCUGAAAUCAGUCAUUAACUUUGCAGCCAAGGGCUGCUACGGGAUCGGGGCGUGCUGGCCCUUGAGCCCCCCCUGUGCCUCGUGCAGGGCAAGUGUGAUCUCCGGCCCGGGGUUCUCCGCACG